AUGGCUCGCCUUCGUGCAUUGUUAUCUCUGUUUGUAUACCUAUCCGUCGCUUAUGGGCAGCAACAGCCUUCCGAUCUCAUCUGGCAGCUCGGCGACGUCAACCGCUAUCGUCCAACCCGUAGCCCUUAUCUUGGUUACCAGAAUUUCACGUGGUGUUGCGUGAAGGCGGUUGCGGAGGCUCUUGAGGUGAAAAGCGGCCUCCUGGAGUUUCGCCCUGGCUAUGACGACUGGAUCGUUCUUGAUAGCGGAAACGUUUCUGAUCUUGUCGAGUACACCGAUAGCUCGCUGUUUCCGUGCACAGCCACCUAUGUCAAAGGAAACAACAAGGGGACUCCUAUCGUUCGAGUGCCAUACAAAUGGUUUGCAGAUGUCUGUCCAGGGUGGCAGCUCAACGACAAUACAAACCUGAAUGCAUGGCUCCAACCACUAUCUGGAUUCAUCUUGCCCGCAGUCAUUUUCUGUUUAUCGGUGCCCAGGCGCCGCAAACUUGGAGUUCCACGAGCCUUGUUCAGUCCAGAACUCGCCCGCAAUGGUAGUUAUCUGGUUGUGCUCCCCGGUGCCAUUCUUGCCGGUAUCAUGGUCUCUAUUGAUACUAUUAUUUGGCUUUGCACUUGCUUCGCUUUUGCAGGGCCUAUGAUGCUCAGCGGAUUGUACGAGGCACUUCUCGACAACAGGAUACUUGAUUUUGUGAAGGAGAAAAUACGCAACAGAAAUCUCACAUUGGACAUGCGAUGCCGCCUACUUAUGAUAGUCCUCAUCGGUAAUCUCGAUUUAGCUUUGGACGAAUCUCAAGAUAAAACAACGGUUCAAUCUAAAGGCAUUCAAUCUCCUUCGCAAGACCGAUUGGCUCCCACAGAGCCUACGUCUCCCCCGUGUCCAUCUACAACGACGAAAGUGCAGAGCAGUCAAGUACAGCGGUUAAAUUGGAAAGCCAGAGUCCAACAAUCAGAGAGCGGUCCGUUUCGAGAACUACACAAUCGUCAACAACCCCGCAGGUUAGAAACCACGUGA